AUGGCCUUCAAGGACACUGGCAAGGGACCUGUUGAGACUGAGGACGCCAUUCACCGCAUCCACAUCACCCUCACCAGCUACAGUGUCAAAUCUCUGGGGAAAGUCUGUGCAGACUUGAUCUGUGGGGGUAAGGACAAGAACCUAAAGGUGAAGGGACCCGUCCACAUGCCUACCAAGACUCUGUCCAUCACCACCAGAAAAACUCCCUGUGGUGAAGGAUCCAAAACCUGGGAUCGCUUCCAGAUGAGGAUCCACAAGCGCCUGAUUGAUCUGCACAGCCCAUCUGAAAUUGUCAAGCAGAUAACCUCAAUCAGCAUCAAACCAGGUGUUGAGGUUGAAGUUACUAUCGCAGACGCACAAACGGUGCUGAUGAUUCAAUAA